UGUCUGCCUGGUAACAGGUGACGCUGCAGGUCAUGUGAUCAUGUCCUCUGGUUUUUAGAGCAGCUCUCAGUCAGACUGUGUCAGUGUUGGUGAAGUGAACAGAGGAACAUGGCUUCAUCCUUUCUCAGCUUCUCCCUCCUCUUCAUCGCUGUCUGCUCAGCAGAUGGAUUUAGGGAAUAUUUUGUGGACCGUUGUGUGUUUAACUCCACUGAGCUGAGCGGCAUCGAGUACAUCUACUCUAUGUAUUACAACAAACUGGAGUACAUCAGGUUCAGCAGCAGUGUGGGGAAGUAUGUUGGAUACACUGAUUACGGAGUGAAGAACGCAGAACGAUUCAACAGUGGUCCAGAGCUGGCUCAGAGGAAGAAUGAGAAGGAGAGAUACUGCCUUCACAACAUUGGGAUCUGGUACCAGUCUGCUCUGUCUAAGUCAGUCAAACCCUCUGUGGUAAUGAGCUCCACGACGCCCCCUGCUGGUAAACAUCCUGCCAUGUUGGUCUGCAGCGUCUACGACUUCUACCCCAAACAGAUCAGAGUGAGCUGGACCAGAGACGGACAGGAAGUCACCUCUGAUGUCACUUCCACUGAGGAGCUGGCAGAUGGUGACUGGUACUACCAGGUCCACUCUCACCUGGAGUACACUCCCAGGUCUGGAGAGAAGAUCUCCUGUGUGGUGGAGCACGCCAGCCUGAAAGAACCUCUGGUUACUGACUGGGAUCCGUCCAUGCCUGAGUCAGAGAGGAACAAGAUCGCCAUCGGAGCCUCAGGACUGAUCCUGGGUCUGAUCUUAUCUCUGGCUGGAUUCAUCUACUACAGGAGGAAGGCCCGAGGACGGAUCCUGGUUCCCACUAACUGAGCCUGGAACUGGUCCUGUAUCCUGGUCCUGGACCUGUUGCUGUUUGUCAAAUAGAAGAAAAAUCAGCUGCUGCUUCCCCUGCUUCUCUGCUGGUCUCUGCAGGUCUACCCUUAAUCCAGAUCUUUACUCUGAUCCUCAGCCAGUCUAAACCUGAUCCAGGACUGUGGUGUUUCCUGUGACAGUCCUGGAUCAGGUUUAUCUGGACUCUGGUGGAUCAGCUGGAUCUGAGCUCUGUGAUGGUAUCUGGUCCAGGUCUCUGAUGGUUCUGGACUUGCUGAUUGUGUGUUUGAUUUAUAAUAAACCUUCUGAAACUCUGUUGAUCAAAUGUUAAUAAACCUGAUCAGGAUCAAUAAACUCCAUCAAUAACUGAUCAGUUUAUCAUCAGGA